CAGCAGCCGGUCCAAUCAGCGCUGCCGCUUCUGACGACUGACUCCAAUGAUCCGGCCUGGAGACCAGGAAGCGCGGCUCAGUCUCCGAGUGAAACAGACACAGGCGCUGCUCUCUCGGAAUGGUGAGUCUCAGGUUUUUACCGUCCACGCAGAACACAGCCGGAUCAAUGUGACCGUCGGAGGAAAUGCGUUAUUUUCAGUGCGGCCGUCGGCCGAGGUCACCAGUGGGAGCUGGGCUUUCUAUGGGAAAUUAGUCCUCCAGUGGAUCAAUGCAAAUGUGGUCUAUGGUAGUGGGUACCAAUCACGGGCUGAGUUAUUCAGCUCCAACGGAUCUCUCCUGCUGAGGUCGGUCAACAUGUCUGACAGCGGGGAGUACAUCGUGAACAUGCUUACAAAGAGCGGCUCUUCAGCUUCAGCGACCAUUACUCUGCGGGUCCUUGAGCCUGUUUCCAAACCCAUCAUGCAAUCCACUGCCACCGACGUAGUAGAAUACCGCACCGUGAUAUUGACCUGCAUCGCAACAGGCACAGAGGUCUCUUAUCUGUGGCUUCAAGACAAUAUCGUUAUAAUUCCUGGUGGCAGGUUUGAACUGGGUGCCGGUAAUAGCACAUUCACUAUUCCUCGAGUGUUACGGACAGAUGGACCGUUCAGCUGCCGUGCAGAUAACUUGAUUAGUGGAAGGACAAGCGACCCGUUUUAUCUUAAUGUUUACUACGGACCGGAUUGUCCACAUGUCACCACUGACGCUGACUCCGCUAUUCGCUUUGCCGGAAGCACCAUCACGUCAACAUGUUUCGCACAGUCGAGCCCAGCUGCUGAUCUGGAUUGGUAUCUGAACGGAUCCUAUCUACAAACUGGGCAACAGCUCAUCCUUGAGACUAUUUCUGUUGGGGACAUGGGGAACUACACUUGUCAGGCCUAUAACCGUAUGACAGGAAGGUACAUUGCCUCAACCGUGCAAAUAAUUGUGCUCGAGGUCGUGUCUGACAUCACUGUCUCGACCAACGAUUCCACUCCAGUGGAAAACGUCGAUGCCAUAGCACUGACCUGUCACGCCUUGGGCACUGUUCAGACGCGGACAUGGUUGAAAAACAACCAACGCAUCAAGAAAACCGGUAGAAUAUCUACAUCUCCCGACAAUUCUGAACUAACGAUAACUAGUGUGAAUAGAAAUGAUGCAGGGACAUACAAGUGCAUCGUCAGCAACAGUUUCAGCAGUGGAGCUGGAGAGACCUACGUGCAAGUUUACUCACCGUUAACAGAUGCCUGUUGUACCCUCUGCCCUGGUGCCAUCGCGGGCAUCGUCCUUGGUCUACUUGGUGUGGGUCUGAUCAGCGGAAUGAGUGGUUGGUUGAUCGGAAGGAAAACUGGCGGGGUGAAAGGUCCACCCCAGGCGAAGUAUGGCAAGAGCAUCACUUCAGGAGGAAAGAGCACAUUGGCCACAAACACCGCGAACACAUUGCAGACCUAUGAAAAUUUCCCAAGGAAUGAACAGAAUAUAAGUACGAAUGCACCAGAUGGAAACUCCACUUAUAUGGGACUGAAGCUGGAAGAUCGAUCCGUUUACAGUGAUCUGAGGAGAUGACGUCAUUGGUGACGAGAGGAGGAUCGUUGGCUGGUGAUUGGCGACGGCAGAAGGACAACCGAUCGAGGAAGAUACCGCUGUCUCUCACUUUUCCUUCACAACUGUUGUGCAUGUAGCCCUCAGAUACCUCCCGAGUGUCACAUCCCCAGGACAGAGACAUCCCUGAGGAUUAUGAGCCAAUGGUGUCAUCUGGACUUGGUUCCUUCAACAGAGCCCACUCCCGUCCAACCCAUGGAGCAAGCUGAUAGACACUCUCCUCGCUGGCACCCACAUUUCCCCUCUCAACGUUGCCAUGCGAUGUGAUUUGUGUGACCUCUUGACCAGUAUUACAAACUUGCUCGUCUCUGACCAGUACCUGCGCAAGUCCCUAAACCAUUGCAGUGUGUCGUUCUCAAACCGUCAGCUUGGCUUCGGUUUUCCCUUGGCCUGGACCGGACUGCAGCUGCUCAUGCGGUCAGGUGACGCUGACUUCCCCGUUUCAGGUCACAAUAAUGUGCAGCUUACAGUAUCAAACUUCCCUUUUGGCAAGAAAGAGUUGCUUUAGGGUAGAACAACCCAUCAGCAGAUUUUUCUGGGGGACAUCCAGCUGACCGAGCGAUUGUCACCAUUCACGAUGGGAAUGAAAAUCUAGGUGACUGAUCCCACAACCAGCAGCUGCCACAAACAUUUCUUCUCCCCGGCCACUCUCCCGAUGUUACUAUCACUUUAUCAGCCUGUGGCAGGAAUGCAAAAGUGGACGUGGAUGGACUUGCGGGCCAACAGCCGGGAAGGCGGAAGAGCAACUUUCCAAUGGACAGGGAGUGAAUAAUAAACAUUAGGAUUUGCUAAAAUAAAGAGCAAAGGAACUUCGUUUGGUAGUCCUCAAUUCUUCAAUGUAAGGAGUCCAGGAAACAAAGAGGAUGGAUUAAGGAGACAAAUAUACAUAUGGAAUUAUCUAACCCUAGCAUCGAGUAAAACAAGGAAUAACCACGGGCAGUAAUAACACAUUAAUACCAUGGUUACAGGUUUCAGAGCAGACAGAAAUAAUGACGUAGAAUUAAAUGUGGGCUCAGUGUAACAAAGCAAAAUGUAAUAAUCGGCAGGUGAUUGAACAAUCAAGAGGGAUGUUGGCGCUGGGAUUGCACAAGGCGCCCUCCUUCGUUCUGGUGCCCGAGUCUCCUCAACUCAGUCAUUCAUAUGGACGUGUCACCGUGGUUUUGAUGAAAGUCUCCAGCUGAAUCGUUAUCUCGUUCUCCCUCCUUAGAUACUGCCUGACCUAUUGACUAUUUACCGCAUUGUGCGUUUUAUUUCAAACUCCUUUAUAUCCAUUCAAUCAAGUGCCUGCAGCCUGUUUAGUUUCCUGAUCGCUGCUCUAAUCGGCUCGGUCUAUGGUUCUGCUUGCAGAGACUCUGGUUGAGUUCCCGUUGCAACUGUCCAAUUGAACAAAAAUAUGACGUCACUUAUUUUUGCAGAAUACCGACACAUCCCAUAUCUCCGUUCACUUUGCGUAUUUCUUAAUUGUGCGGCUCUCAU